AUGACCCGCACCCGCCGCUCCAACCGCACUUCCGGUGCAAGAACUAAAUACAUAGAUGAUCCGUUCGUGGCUGCGGGCGUUAGCGACGAGGACGCCGGGGAUGAGGGCGGCGCCGCCGUCGCCGCUCCCUCCUCGUCGGGGAAGAAGGGGCAGGGUAAGCGUGCGUUCGCAGCUGUGAAUGAUGAUUCUGAGGAUGAGGAUUUCAAGAUGGGUGAUGCUGGGGAUCGUGAUGAGGACGAUGAUGAGGACGAGGAGUUUCAGGAGGAGGUGGAGGACGACGACAAUGAUGAUGAGGAGGAGGAGGAGGCUGGGAAUGAGGACGGUGCUGGUGCCCGUGCUGGCGCUGGCGCUCGUCGUCGGAAGUCGCGCACCGUCGGUACCACUACUGCUGCUGCUACGCCCCGGACGCCCAAGCGACGACAUCCGGAUGGAAGCUUGCUGUUGGCGGGCGAUGAGACGCAUUCGCGCGGAUCGUUCAACCCUAUUGAACACGUUGGCAAGGCGGUCCAUCUGCGGUUGAUGUAUGGGACCGAUGAUCGGGAUUUGUUGGCUAUGAUCUAUGCGAGGGAGAGGUGGGGUGGGGGUAUCGAGUCGACGUUCCCGACUCGCGCGGCGUUGGAGAAGGAGCAGGAGCCCGGCACGGAUUAUGGGUAUGGGCGGACGUUUGGCGUUGAGCCUGCGGAUGUGGACCGGGAACGCUCCAGCGGCUGGGACUGGUAUUACUCGGACGCCGUCCGCCAGCGGUUCGGGAAACGGCAGCGCGUGCAGAAGCUCGCGGAGACUGCUGCGCGCCGGAAGUACUUCGCUCGGUCGCGAGGCGAUCAUACCGUCCUCAUUGGGCCGGUCGAUCGUCAGCAGGAGUUCACGCUGGCUCAGCACGAGGUACUUGACUUCGGCCAGGCGUGGGGAGAAGCCAAAGCUCACAAAGCUGGGUCUGCGGCCAAGCCCAAGGUGCGCGAGGGCUGGCUUCUGAACUUCGGCCAGAAGGUCCAGUGUCUGGCUUGGGUGCCGAAUCAGUCCGGCCUCACCCAGUAUCUGUCCGUCGUGGCGCCCGUUCUCCCGGAACAGAAACAGGAGGUUCCUGAUCCCUUGAAAGAUCAGGCCGCGCCGGCCUUCAGGCCGUCCGCGCCUUACCCCUGUGCUUUACAGAUUUGGUCGUUUCAGGCUCGGGAGUCCGAUGCGUUGACAAAACAGAUUGAUAUGUCCGUUAAGCCUCAGUUACGCCUUGCGCUAUGCACGGAUUGGGGGGAUCUGCGCCGGUUGGCCUGGUGUCCGAUGCCGCGCGGAUCUCGGGACGAAGACGAUGAAGGUGCGCAGAAGAGCUUGGGGCUUCUAGCGGGUGUUUGGACCGAUGGUUAUGUGCGAGUCAUCGACGUCAAGAUUGGCCGGGAUUCCAAGAAAGCUGAAUUCUACAAGGUACAUUCCACUGUUUUUGAGGCGAAGCCUCCGUCGACCGUAUGUACAUGCGUGACAUGGCUUUCUCCAAGCGAUAUCGCCGUCGGCUGUGCCAACGGGUAUGUCGCGAUCUGGAGCAUUGCACCGCCGUCUCCGAGCUCGUCAUCCGAUUCUCUCCCAUACUUCUAUCAAGCGCUCCACUCGACGUGGGUUCUCAACAUCGCGUCGGCCUAUCCUACUUAUCCUCAUCUGAUAGGCACCACGUCUAUGGACGGCGACACCCGGCUCACGUCAGUCAUCGACCCGCCCAAGGACCAGGUGUAUACGAAUCGCAUGCGGGUUGGCACCACGCAUCUCUCGUACUGCCCGCCGCUCCAAUCGUUUCUCUCAAGCGACGAGAACGAUUUCGCCCGUCUGCUCGCCGUCCGCCGGUUCUAUACCUCCACGGCCAUCGCCCGACUACAGAGUACAAUAUCGGCGCUGGCGCCGUGCAGUUCCUGGCAUCCAAGCGUGCUGUUCGGUUGCGUAGGCGGCAUGGCCCUGGCUACGAACCCUCUGCGGCGGAUGCUGCAUUCCAAGGAGAAGCAAUGGCAACAGAACUGGUUCCAGCAUGAAUGGGUGCGUGGGCCGCACGCCACCGGCACGGGGGUCAGUCGGUUCUACGACGGAUACCGUGCAGAGAGUGUCAGUCUGUUGCGCAACCUGAUCGGCGACCGCAAACUAGUCAAUGGGAUGGCUAUGAUCACGAUCUACGAGGAAGAAACCCAUAUCACUGCGCUUUCAUGGAACCCGAAUCAAGCCUGUGCAGGCUGGGCUGGUGCGGGUAUGGGGUGUGGCUUGGUUCGCGUCGAGGAUCUGACAAUGUCUUGA